AUCUCAGCUAUUAUUGGCUUUUGUUUCUGCAUUGGAUUGUUCCUUCUUGCAAUUCCAUUAUGUCCUUUGGCGCUAACCUUAUAUGGCUUAAAGCGUGUUUAUGGAGGGAUAUUCAAAUUGCUAUCAACUACAAACCGUUAUUUCGUUACGGAGACAACCACAAUUACGGAGACAAUCGACAAACAAUAAAAUACCGUGUUUCCUCUAAUGCCCGGCCAUUCUAUUUUUCGAUCGCCUUCCAAAGGGGCAUUCUAUGUGUACUUCCAAAAUUUUUGAUUAUUUUCGUUCCUUAUUUAAUUCUCUAUCAUUUAAGCUUUAUUUUAUCUUUUUAUUAUUUAUUUGAAUAAAGUUACACAAUAAAUAAAGCAACCCGGUCACUUUUUUGUCACGCUGUACAAAAUGCCAACAAAAAUGUUUUGAUUUAAAAAUUGGAUACUAUAAAAGCCUUAUUUUCCUUUAAUCUUCUCUUUUCUAAAAAAACAAAACGCCAAAACAAAAAUGAAUAUUCUUCUUCUGCCAGUGGAAGUCCAUCUGGACAUAUUUAAAUAUCUCAACUUUAACCAAAUAUCCUCUAUUCAACAAACAAAUAGCUAUUUCUGUUCAUUAAUUGAUAAAUAUAUUGGGAUAUUGGCAAAGAAGAAAUUUUAUUCUUUUGAGACAAUUGUGUAUAAAUCGGUUAAUGACAAGAACAAAUAUUUAAAAUUGAAGGAAGAGGAUAUUGGUUUGGCUGAUGGUUUUGAGUUGAGUAAGGAACUUGAUGGGAAGGUGAGGGAAUUUUUUAAGAUAGAUUGGGCUGGGGUAGUUUCUCCACCCAAUGUCUAA